GUAACACCAACAGCAUCUUUGCUCUGGACUACAUCAGUGGAGCCUUAACCCUGAAUGGGCCACUGGACCGGGAGAACCCUUUCUAUAGUGCUGGAUUCAUCCUCACGGUGAAGGGGACAGAGCUGAACGAUGACCGCACACCCUCCAACGCCACCGUCACCACCACCUUCAACAUCCUUGUCAUUGACAUCAACGACAAUGCACCCGAGUUCAAUAGCUCGGAGUACAGCGUGGCCAUCCCAGAGCUGGCCCAGGUGGGCUUUGCCCUUCCCCUCUUCAUCCAGGUGCAGGACAAAGAUGAGGGACCCAACAGCAUUUUUGAGGUUUACCUGGUGGGCAACAACUCCAACCACUUCAUCAUCUCACCGACCUCCAUCCAGGGGAAGGCAGACAUCCGUGUCCGUGUGGCAGUGCCGCUAGACUUUGAAACCAUUCCACGCUACGAAUUUUCGCUCUUUGCAAAUGAGAGCGUCCCAGAUCACGUUGGCUUUGCCCGUGUGAAGAUCAACCUCAUCAAUGAGAAUGACAACCGCCCUGUUUUCAGCAAGGUCCUGUACAACAUCAGCCUCUUCGAGAACACCACUGUGGGCACCACUGUCCUCCAGGUCCAU